CUAAGUUGUGAUCAUAAUAGUGCAAAUAAACUGCAUGCAAAUUUGAUUUAGAAGCGCGACUGGCGUAGUGGACGUACCCUAAAAUUUAUUAUUUUGACUAGAAGAGUGCAUUUCGGAGGGGGUGUUUACGUUGGUAAAAUAUGACUCAAAGCGAAAAGCCCACACUUCUGAUGGUCUCUCAAGAAAAGGCUAUCGUGGUUGUAACCGGGUUUGGUCCUUUUAGUCAAUACCUGGUAAAUCUCAGCUGGCAGGCAGCUCAGGGUUUGGAGACACUGGGUUUAGGAGAAGAUGUCAUUGUCUAUGCCAGGGAACUGCCGGUGCAUUACACCAAUGCCCAGGAGCUCAUAGCACAUAUAUGGAAAACCAUUAAGCCAAAGCUGGCUGUCCACAUGGGAAUUGCUCCAGGGUCCAAAGCUGUAAUCCUAGAACAGUGUGGAAAUAAUCAAGGCUAUAGACAGAGAGAUGUGUGCGGCGUCUGUCCCCCUGGUCACUGGUGUGUGGAAGGAGGCCAGAACAUACUCCACUCCAUCAUAGACAUGAAAACCCUCACCAGGCACUUUAAGAGUCUGGGUUGGGAUGUUAUUUACUCCAGGGAUGCUGGUAGGUUUCUGUGUGACUUUGUGUAUUACUACUCACUGCACCUUGGAGGGGGGAAAUCUGUCUUUCUCCAUCUGCCCACAAGGGGAGCCCUAGCUGACUUGGACAAACUGCUGCCUCUGCUGCAAGCUGUCAUUCUGGCUAUGCUGAGCCAGCUGGAAGCCCAGUGAAUGGGGACAUGCGACUGACUCAUGUUCACAUGAUGUUCAUGCACAGACCAAGGCAUCUCUGUAUUGCCCAUAGUUCAUGGCUGUUUGCGUGCUGUGACAAUCUUACAUUUCAUCCUGCCGUCCUGUCAGGCUAAUGUCACCCUGUCAGUAAUGCCAGUCUGUAACAGAGCACAUAUAUACACACAUGCAGUCAUGCUCUAGGAGGUAUUUACAGACAUACAUUAGCCUAACUGGGAGGAAACCACAAUACUCAGAGGAAAACCCCCCAACAUGGAAUUAAGUGUUACAGUUCUAAAUGUAGGUCUACAGAUCUAGAUCAGAAUCAGGAUUUGAACCUUCAACCCUAAGGGACUGAGCUACAGUGCUGUCCAUACUUUGCAUCAUUUGGUUUAAUAUCCAGUAAGAAAAAGAAUCAUUCUUUAGAAUUCUUACUGUCACAGCAGCGUCUUGUUCAGCAGCUAUACUGCUAUAACUUCAACAAAAAAGUUACCUGUCUGUCUUAAAUAUUGAACAAGUCCAAAAUUUAAAGGGGCCCUAUUAUGUUCAUUUUCACUGUUCAUAAUUUUAUUUUGGAGGUCUGGUAGAAUAGAUUUACAUGCUUCAGUGUUCCAAAAACACAUUAUUUUUCUCAUACUGUAGAUCUCUAUUCACUCUGUCUGAAAGUCUCUCUUGGAGUUUUAAGCCCCUCACCUGAUAAUCCCAGUGUGCCCAGAUUGGUCAACCUGCCUGAUCGAUCAGCCUGCCCUACACCUUCUGUCCCUGUUUUGCAGUCUGCUGACAGAUCCUUGCAGCUAGGCAGCCAAUAUGAAUUGCGAAAAGUCAGAAUUUCGACUUGGUAAAUGAGAAUUCUGAGAUA